ACAGUUUUGCUGGUGUCUUCUUGGCAUACGUGCAACACCUCCAGCAGGAUGAACGGCACCGAAGGAAACAACUUUUACAUUCCUAUGUCCAACAGGACUGGGCUAGUGAGGAGUCCUUACGAAUACACACAGUAUUACCUGGCAGAUCCAUGGCAGUUUAAGGCACUGGCUUUUUACAUGUUUUUUCUGAUUUGCUUCGGGCUGCCGAUCAACGUGCUCACGCUGUUGGUCACAGCUCAGCACAAAAAGCUGAGACAGCCUUUAAAUUAUAUUUUGGUGAACUUGGCUUUCGCUGGAACAAUUAUGGCCUUUUUUGGAUUCACGGUUACGUUCUAUUGCUCCAUUAAUGGUUAUAUGGCUCUAGGUCCUACAGGUUGUGCCAUUGAAGGCUUCUUUGCUACACUCGGAGGUCAGGUUGCUCUUUGGUCUCUUGUGGUUCUUGCCAUUGAGAGAUACAUAGUGGUUUGCAAGCCAAUGGGAAGCUUCAAAUUCUCCUCAAACCAUGCGAUGGCCGGCAUUGCCUUCACAUGGGUCAUGGCCUCUAGCUGUGCAGUCCCCCCACUUUUUGGCUGGUCCCGAUACAUCCCAGAGGGAAUGCAGACAUCCUGCGGACCAGAUUAUUACACCCUGAACCCAGAAUACAACAAUGAAUCAUAUGUUUUGUACAUGUUCAGCUGUCAUUUCUGCGUUCCUGUUACAACCAUCUUCUUCACUUAUGGAAGCCUCGUUUGCACAGUCAAAGCUGCUGCAGCUCAACAGCAGGAAUCUGAGUCCACUCAAAAGGCUGAGAGGGAAGUAACACGCAUGGUCAUCCUAAUGGUUUUGGGCUUCUUGGUGGCUUGGGUUCCCUAUGCCAGCUUUGCGGCCUGGAUCUUUUUUAACAGGGGAGCUGCUUUCUCCGCACAAGCCAUGGCUAUCCCAGCUUUUUUCUCAAAAGCCUCUGCCUUGUUUAACCCCAUUAUCUAUGUGCUCCUAAACAAACAGUUCCGUAGCUGCAUGCUCAACACCCUUUUCUGUGGCAAGAGUCCUCUCGGUGAUGAUGAGUCCUCCUCAGUUUCAACAAGCAAAACAGAGGUGUCCUCUGUGUCUCCAGCGUAGAACUAAUUGCCAACUAUGCUUUCUCAAUGAUUCUUUUAAUGCUUUGGAGUCCACUGUCUUCAAUAAGCCUAAAUAUCCACUCCUCAAUCUCUGUAUAUUUUGAAAAAUCACAAAUAGGGCCCUAUACUCCCCUCUCUCCCCCUUAUCUCUCUGCCUUGGAUCCAUCGAGUUCAAAGAAGACAUUAGCUGGCUUUCCAGACACAUUCUCUUCGAUAAAUAGAGCGUGGGUAGAUUAGUUGUGAUCAGCACUAGUUUAUCUCACGUCUCUCCACCGAUGCUUCAUCUUAAGGUAUAGCUCACCACUAAAUCUGAGCAUAAGCCUCUUUUCUUGUCAUCAUCACAUCAGUAGGUCGUGACCAGAACUGCUUUAACUCACCCAAGGGUUCAGCGAGAUACGUCAUCAUACACUGAGUUACCUUUUCACAUCGACAUUAUGGAUUGUUACUCCUUUAUUUUUGUUUUCAGCUGAUUUGUCAGCAUUUCUGUACAUAUUUUCUAUAUGGUAUAUUUGUUGAAAAGUAGAAUAAUAAAUACAUGCAUUCAAAUGUC